GCUAACAAUAACGUCAUGAAUCCUCUUAAAACUGAAUGCACGGAAAAAAACGAGGACGCCGUGAGUGGCAGUCCGUUAAAAGUUCGGGUUUUCAAAAGACGGUGGCUUCAGCUUUUCUUGUACGCUUUAUGCAGUGUAUGCAGCAGCUUUCAGUAUCCUCAAUUCACGAUCAUCGGUCAUAUAAUAAUCUUCAGGUACUACGACGUCUCGAUAUUAGCAGUCGCAUCGACCAGCAUCAUGUUGAUGGUCGGCUACGCAGUUUUCCUCUUCCCUGGCUUGUUUUUAAUGGAACGGAUAGGCAUGAAGUGGACAGUCGUCAUAGGAGCCGCAUUCACGUGUCUCGGAGCUUGGAUUAAGGUCCUUUCAACAGCCCCAGAUCGAUUUCCGGUGCUGCUUAUAGGCCAAGGCAUGGUUGCGAUCAGCCAGGUUUUCAUUGCUCCUGUUCCGGGAAAAUUGGCUGCAUUUUGGUUCGGGAAAGACCAACUUGCACUCGCUACCGCCUUCGGCUGCUACGCACUUCACGUGGGCCUGACGAUCUGCUUCCUGACUGUUCCAAAUUUCGUCAGAAAUCACGAUGACGUCGCGAAAAUUGGGAUAGAAUUGUCCACCAUUCACUGGAUACUUGCGAUUGCAUGUUCAAUUGUAACAUUGGCUGUACUUCUUUUUUUUCAGAACGAACCUUCUAUGCCACCGAGCGAGUCGCGUGCGCUUCAAAGAUACACUCACGAAAGUUUCGGUAAAGGAUUUUUAGUGUCGUUGAAGAUGUUAGUAACGAAGAACAGGAACUUCAUCAUUCUUUGGAACACUUAUGGUUUGAUUACCGGCAUAUUUAACUCAAUGCCAAUACUUUUGAAUCCGUUCUUCUUAACUCACUUCAAGAACUGUGAAGUUGAUCUUGGAAUAAUCAACCUGUUGCUGUGCCUUCUGGGUACCAUAGGUUCGAUAAUCAUCGCAUCAAUCCUAGAUAAAACCAAGAAAUUUAGAGUCAUCGCCAUUACCGUGACCACUUCAUCCGUACUUUGCGAAAUACUUUUCGCUGGCACCUUGCACCUGGAAAUUAAAUGGAUGGUGUUUGUGUCAAUUUCGCUUUUCGGCAUUGCUCUCAUAAGUUACAGCGCGAUAGGAUUUGAACUAUGCGCCGAAGCGACUUACCCCGAGUCUCAGGCACUGUCAACGGGGAUUUUGAGCAUAUCGGGACAAAUUUAUGGAGCUUUCGUAACUCCCCUUCUCGUCAAGGUGAUCGAUGUCUUCGGAGAUACAGCUGCGCACGUCGCCAUUGUCGUAAUUCUCAGCCUAGGAACUCUGCUGACGAUUUUGGAUAAAAUUGAUCUGCGUAGACAGAGAGCUGAAGAACAUGCCGCGCGAUAUGAAGCGCUGAGCCAAGGAGUAUCAGAUAAAAUUGACAAAUGAUAUUG